AACGACAGUGUUUGACAAGCGGAACCUUUCCCAGCAACAACAAGAGACGGAGGCUAAAAGCGUCUGCGACGACAGAUGAAUGGCUGAAACACACAAGUGGCCGCUCUUCCAAGCCUCCCGCGAUUGCCGCUUUGAUCUCGCGCAGUGUGACGUCAUGGGCGCACCUGAACGACAUGGCGCUCGUUGAUGACGACAAGUGAGGAAGUCCUCCAGGAGCGUCUCUCAGAAGACUGAGAGCUGAAGUUCCACAAGCCAACUCCAGGUAGACCAUGUCGUCAGGUCUUUGUCAAACGUGGUGAUUCAAUGUAAUGAAACGACCACCCUGGAUGAGUUGACCCCUUGUGUCCUCGCCUCCGGCCGGUUCCCUCAUGAGGAGCCGGAGCUGCUGACCUUCCUUUUCUACAUUCGAACCAGGAUGGCGGUGGCCCCCUCUGCCCCGCAGGUACGGACCUCCGAGCCCCUGAGGAGGGGGACGCCUCUGCCCCUGAGCCAGCUGGUGGAGGAGGAGGGGGGCAGGAGGAGAGCCAGCAUCCCCGACCAUCUCCUGGACUCCAAAAUCUACGCCAAACUAAAGAGCAACAGUCUGAUCGAAGCGGAGCCUCCGGAGCUGCACUUCAGCGGCUUUGAGCUGGGGAAGGAUUCCCUCAAGACUCUGAAACUAAUCAACAUCUCGUCUGAAGUUGUGAAUAUUCAUAUCAUCCCCACUCAGACUAAGCACUUCCAAACAACUUACACCAAAAAGUAUCGACUGAUCCCCGGCCUCGCCUACACGCUGCAGCUCAGCUUCUGUCCCGACGAGUGGCGCUACUUCUACGACUGCGUCCGGGUUCACUGCAAGGGGGAGGAGAACCUGUUAAUUCCAGUUCAUGCCUACCCUGUCAUCGAUGACCUGCACAUCCCUCCUCGUAUCGACCUGUCCUUCGUGCCACUUGGACAAAGUGUUCGCCACGUGAUUCCUCUGAGAUGCAGCUGUCCCAUCGACUUUGAGUUCCAGGUGUAUGUCGUUCAGGCCCACGAGGCCUUCUCCAUCCAUCCUCUCACAGGUGUGAUUCCGGCCAACGGGGAGGUGAAGCUCACGGUGACCUUCAGUCCCCUCCAGUAUGAGACCUGUCAGGUCACCAUGCAACUGGUCGUCUCGCAGUUCAACACCAAACCGUACCUCUGCACCGUCACGGGGAGCUCCGCCCCUCACCCAGCCCUCAGCCAUCUGGACACAAAGUUGGGUCAUGGAGAUGCGGCGCAGGCCGAACGCAAAUGGCCGUCGCCGGCCACCCAGGUUCUUCCUCGAAGUAAAACCAGACACAGGCCAAUCAAGGAGGCUGACAAAUCAAAGACACUGAGGGAUCAGUCUGGACCGAAGCCGCUGGACGUCUCCACCCCUGCGGGGGUUGCAAAGAUGCUGAUCAAAGACACAACUAAACUCAGCUCUAAAGCCCUGAAGGAAGCCUUGUCCUGUGGCGGCAUGGUCCUUCUGCAAAGCAAGCAGAUGAAGGAGGCUCUCUUCAUGAAGAAGGCUCAACAAAACGUGAACGACGAGCAAGCAAACCACCUCAGCUGGCAAGUUCAUCUGGGUAAGGACCCCGUGUCGGGGCAAACCAAGAGGCAGAUGCUGGAGGAGAGAGAGAUCGCGCUGCAUGAAUACAUGGUGAAACGAGGAGAUGUGAGUCAAGAGGAAGAGUUUCCCGCUGGACGACCUAAACUCUCCUCCUCGUGUGUGCUGCUUGAAGCUGGACAGGCCCCGGAGGGAGCCCCGUCCUUCCAGCUGUACUCCAGUUUCCAGUGGGAGCUGAAACAAAGAGCCCUGCGACUCUUCCAGCAGGCAGCACGCAAGGUCGUGAUCCGAUGUCGCAUGAAGCGCAGACUGGCGUGUUGGAAGAAGCUGGCGGACGGCGCGAGGAACAUGCCCCCGGCACACACAGACGGCGAGGAGACGACGUGUGAUGAGGAGAUCUCGCCCGACAAAGUCCUUCCAUUUUCUUUUCCCGUCUUCCCCGAGGAAGAUGAUCCACUGCUGGCUCACAGUGAUUUGGUGGCUGCGCCCGCGGCUCCUGGCGACGUGACUGUGACAACACGUAUUCCUCUCUUCAAGCUCCAAGUUCCUCAGCACUAUAAGCUCAUGGGCUACCGGCCCGUCUCCACCUGGGAGGCGUUUAACUCGUAUAUCCCCACAACUCUGGCCAGGCCACUUCGCACCGGAGCUCCGGUGGGGUUUGGAGCGGCGGAGGCCAAAGCAGAGGAGGAGGAGGAAGCAGUGGAGGCUGCACGUCUCAGCUUCACCGCACCUGGAGAUCUGCUCAGACCUUUUCCUGCAAACCCUCUCCGGAUCUUUAACCCAGCUCCAGGCCUGCAGACCUACAAACCGACCCCUAAAUACCUGGAGAGCGAUCUGGAGUUCCACCUCUGCCCGCUGCCCAGGUACCGAGUCGCCGGGAGCAACUCGUGUGCCUCCGCGACUCAGAGGAAGUUUCUGGAUCGCAAGGAAGUGAUAAAAGGGGUUAUGACAUGGAAGAAUUUCGAUUCCAUCGCCUUGAACUGCGUCUCCAAGCAACCGGCUCUCACCAGUGGCUGUGCCCCGCGCAGGUCUGUGGACUACAGCCCAGAUAUACUUCCACUCUCAGCGCCUCCUCCUCUCACGAGGCUUCCCGAUGACCUGACACCGCUAAUGGACAAAGCGUGUCCGGACGCCGGAGUCCAGCUGACACCAGAGAUGAUCCGAGCUGAGUUUCUCUCCGGAGAAGCCCUGGUCGCCACUAGCAACCUGGCCGGGGGAGCGACAGCCAGGCACCGGGCGGAGCUUCAGACGGAGGCGACCCACAGGUGUGAGUUCAACCAGAUGGGACGGAGAGUGACGACCAGGCUGCAGCAACUCGGCAUCACCGAGGACGCUUCUCGUUCACCAGGAGGAGGCGGCGGCGGCGGCGGCGGCGAGGAGGCAAAACACCACAAACACACUCCCAAAAACUGCACACAGCCGCACGUGCAACUCGAGUAAAUACAAUGUCGCGGGACUACAAGUACACACCACACCUAUAUGAGACUCUAUGUCGUCCGCCUGCCACCUCUGCGUAACAGAAGCCGGUUUCUUUCUCGCCCACCUUCCACGCUCCCACUCAGAAUUCCCAGCGUGCUCUGACAAAAGCCUGGAAAUUCGUUCCGCCUCCGCCCACUCGGAUCCAUACAUGAGCGCAGCUACUGUAAAAUCCCACCAGCAGCUUCACUCUGCAGACGACUGCAUCGAAUAAACACGCUCAAUCAGCA